AUGGCAGACUUUUGGAAACCUACAGCUGAUUUAUAUAGUGCUCUAUUUGAAAAGCCAAAAAUGUCAUAGAAGUUACUUGAAAGACCACCUUUUAAAUACAUAUUUGAUAUUAUAAUGGAGACAACCAAAUAAACAGGUUAUGCAAAAGGACUUUAUACAACUGAUGAAUUAGAUGGGAAUUCGUACGAUAAUAAAGAUAAAAAGCUUAUGUUCCUAUAAAAGAUAAUAGAUUUGACAUCCAUGAUGUUAAAAGAGGAAAUCGCUGCUAAACCUGGUAAAAUAGCUGCAGGUUUAGAACCAGAGAAUACAAAUCUUUUACUGUAAGCUAUUUAUAGAGCAGCUGUAAGUGGUAAAAAUAGUGAUUCUUAUGUAGAAGAUGUACUUGCAAUAAUAGGGGCAAAUCCAAAAGAUUAAUAAUUUUAAGCUCAAGGAAUUUAUGAUAAAAAACCUUAGUAAACAUAAAGUCAAUAAAUUCAAGAAUUUUAAAAUGAACUAAAUUUUAAAAAAGGAGAUGAUUUUUGACUUUGAAUAAUAAAUUUAGGCAUUGAAAAUGUAAUUACAAUAAACAGCUUAAAAUACUUAAAAUUA